UUCAAAUCAGAAGAAUUUUGUCUGCUCUUUUUGGGCUGGAAUUCGCUGCGUACGGCCCGGAAUCGGUUUUUUUCUGGCUGACGAGCUGUGCCUAUGUCCUGGAGCACUGGUAGGCCACUUUGUUUGACUUAUAAAGUCCGGACGUGCUGAAAGUUUAAAUUCUACGUUGGAGCGCCUCGACUCGGCAUCAGGGGCACCUUCCGACAUUCUGCAAGCAAACCGCGAGCAUUCAAUACCCGUAUCGCCAUCAUCGACACGUCCAAGGAGCCGUAGGCCGGCCGGAGCACGCAUAGUACCGCCUCGUCAAACCCGACACCAAAUUGCUGCCCAAGCCGCCGCGUUGCGACAAAACGGCACCGCCCGACGCCGUCGCCGCGGCGCAGCAAAGGACGCAGCAGGAAAGGCAGCCCGACGAGCAACCAUGUUCGGCAGCACGAUCAAGUCCGAAGGGGACCAUGACCGCUUCCGGUCGAAGGCGGAUAGAGUGAAUGUCAUGACGCGCAUGACGCGCGAGGAGCGCAUGGCCAAGGUCGACGAGAAGCACGGCGUUGAUCGCGACAAGGAUUCGGACGACGACUUGGACAGCGACUGGUCCGACUCGUCAGAUGACGACUCGAGCGACGAGUACUCGGACUCGGACCCGGACGCCUCGCGGAGCGGCACCGACGAUGAUUCUUCUUCAGCUUCUGCUAAAGGGUCCAUCAAAGAAGAAACGCCGGCCCAGAAGAAGAAGCGGCUCAAAAAAGAAGCGAGGAAGCGGCGCCUGGCCAAUAGGCCUACCUAUAGGGAUCGCUUCGACGCCUGGCGCGAGAAGCGGGCUAAAGAAAGAAGGCAUCCCACUCUUGUGUAUUAUGAGAAGCUCAUGAGGAAGGAGCAGCGAAAAGCUGAUAGAUUAGCCCAAGAGGCCGAGGAUGACAGAAUAGAAAAAGAAGCUUUGCAGAGAGAGGAGUGGGCCAAGCGCAAGGAGGACGAGGAGUUUCUGCAAUACGUCCGCGACGAGGACGAACGAAGAUAUCGCCGCGUGAAAGCGCAACGGCAGAAGGAGAUGGAGAAUACGAUGUGCCGCAUGACGUCAAUCUCGGCGUCCCGCGGUGCUGCGGCGCCUUCACGCCGUCGACGCGCGUCGUCUCCAGGAGACGAGGUCGUGGGUGGUCUCUUUUUUGAUUUUGAGGCCAUUCGGACCGUUUCCAGUGAAUACGAUGCUCCGCGCAGGUUGUUCGAGAAGUGGGACUUGGAGAACGGCGUCAUUAAUCGGCGGUUGCAGGCGGAGAAGGAUGCGAAGGAUAAGUCUGGGGCGGCGUCCGUCCUUCUUCGAUCGUCGCGGCGAUGGCGUCCACCGGACCCGGGACGCCGUCGCCGCGCUCGCUCGAUGCCGUUGCUUCGAACUCGCUCGCACCGCGCGUCCUGCGAUGUCGCCAUCGCCGCGAGGGCGUCACGGGGGUACCGCACGCGGAAUGCCGUCGACGAAACGCACGCAGGCGCGACCGCGAGGCCGACGCCAAAUUGGCCGACGACACGUUCCGGGCCGCCAAGGCCCACAAUGCGGAACUGCUACGACUCGAGCAGGAGCACGACACGCAGACGGCCCUGACGACGAUGCGCCGCGCGGGCAUGAUCGCCGGCGUCAAUCCCCCGAGGCCCGACCCUCGCGAACCGCCCAAUGAAACCGAUGUGGAGAUUUUACUAAGGGUCAAGGAGAAGCGACCCGAAGAAGAGGAAGAGGAGGUGAGAGAGCCGGAGCAGACCGGAAGCAGGGGCGCGCGGCGCGCGGCUAUCCAAAAACAUAGGACCAAAAAAAAGAAGCAGGAGGAGUCGCACUUCGAGAUUGAACUGAAGCGGUUCCGGACGGUCGAGAAGAUCCAGGGCUUCAAGCUCGGGCCCAUCGGUGUCCGAUACUUGGUCAGAGAUCUGGUGCUCGGAGCGUGUCCUAGGUUGGACACGUUGGACCUAGGAUGGAAUCAUAUAGGAAGGCAGGGCGUCAAGUUUUUAAGUGAUGGCUUCAAGCGAAAGUGCGCUCCGAACCUCACGCGUUUGGAUUUACGGGCCAACCUGCUGAUGCCGAACAGCAUCGAGUUGUUAUUGGAGGGACUCGUGAAGGGCCAAGUGAAGCUGAAAGUGCUCGAUCUAAGAGCCAACGCCUUUAAGGAUGAUGGAGGGUGCUUGAUCGCGUCCCUGGCUCUGGAAGGGUGUUUUGAUACGCUAGAAGAGCUCCACUUGGAGUCGUGCGAGAUAAGAUCAAGGGGCAUGUGGGCCCUCUUCCAGGCCUUCCAGGCCGAGGCGCGCGGGAAAUUGUUUCCGUCACUCCAACACGUCGGCCUGCGCCACAACCGGGCGGCGCCCGAGACGUUAAGGCGCAUGAAGAACUGCCCGCCGUGGAUCGCGUUCUGAGUAAUCUUUGUUGUGUGA